UUCUUUCCAAUCCAAUGCCAAACCCAUCCCAGUCUGUCAUAGCUGUCAUAGCGACAAGAUUUCUUUUUCUUCUCGUCUCUCGACAACACCUCACUGAGCCGUAGCCCAAUCAUCUUGGUAGACCCCUACGCCGGCUGAACGGCUGCCUUGUGGCUCCCGAAUCACCCAUUGCGUCCUGGCCCGGCACAUUUCGAUUUGGCAGCGUUGAUCUGGGCUACUAGGCUUGCUCUCUGGCACUCAGAGCUGACGACAAGGGUGCUCAACGCCUCGAAAAACGUUGUGACAUCGCAGGCAUUACAUCAUCAACGGGACCUGAGGACCCGCCGCUUCAUGCCCUGGCCUUACCUCUGUUUCUCGCCUCCGACCAAGCCCGCUUCGCCAUCCCGCCGCACAGCUCGCGCAUUGUACUAACCUUGUCCGGCGUCUUCGGUUGGCCACUACGAGGCUGGUGACGAUUUAGUUCAUGCUACCUUGGUCUGAAAGCGCAGUUCCCAACUGAUUUCCUCAUACAACUAGCUUGUAGAACUAUCCACUUCACAGCGCAUCCAGUCCGCGGCCUCGUUAUCUGGGGCUUCUUCCUCACUACGACCUUUUUGCCCCCUUUCCACCCCUCGACGGUGCGCCUGGGAAUACCGUCCCUCUACAGCCGUGGGUUGGCAAUGUCUGGGUAGCCCAGUCUCUAUUCGUGUGUUCCAACAUCCCAGGAUCAGUGCCGUCAUUAGCUCUGCGAAGCUAGAUCAUGCCCAGCUUGGUACUGCAUUUCUCCACUUGCGUCUCCCUUUGCGGCGUCGGGUCUUGAGGCCGCAUGAUAGUGGCAACCGUUUGACGCCCGGCACCCGAAGCUCUGACACGUAGCGAUGCCAUCGUUUCGAAGCUCUCGACGGGUUACAGGCCUGAAAGACAGUGACUACGACCACGAAAUUAACCUCGUCAACCACGACGAACGCGUUGCAUCGCCGAGCAUUGAGACCAUUGGUGGAGCUACCCGUGUCUCGACAGGAUCACAACUGCUUCGGGACGAAGACGAAGAGGGUGACCAUGAUGCCAACACAAAUGCGAACGGCGAAACAGGCCACAACGCGGGCCACGUCGCCGGCUCCCCUAGGCAAUCGAUAGAUCAAGAACAGAACCAGCACCCCAAACCCGCAAAACGACAAAAGGCGUCAGCGCUCGAGCUUCAAAUUACAACGGCUGCUACGGCGCCUUCAAUCGAAAUCGAAGGACCUACGCCGCAUGAGGCUUCAGUGCCCGCACGAAGUGGCACUCAAAGAACAAGACCGACCACGGCGGAACGGGAAACGGCCGUUGAUGUGCUGUGGGAGAACGAGAGAGGUUGUAUAGCUUGCGGUGUCGCCCUCUUUUCUGGGAAGGCUCUGGGUAACCUCGACCCUUCGCCAUGGCAGAACCAGUUUCACAAGACGAGUCCCACAACGACGAAGACAGCCCAAGUCCCCGAUCCAUCCUGGGAAUGGGCAUGGCCUGAGUGGAGAGUACAUCGUCCAGAAGGCGUGGCCAUGGAUCAGUUUGGGUGGCAAUACUCCUUCAUGUUCUCCAAGAAGUUCUCGUGGCAUGGGCCAAAGUGGUGGAAUUCCUUUGUUCGCAAAAGGUGCUGGGUUCGCAAGCGAAUCAAGAAGAAGCCCGAGGAUAUUUCAGACGACCCGCAUAUGCUGAACUCAGACUAUUUCACCGUCAUGCCUGCUAAUCACAGCCGCUCCUCUAGUGUUGCGGGCAGCCGGCGAGGGAGCAUCAGCAAGACGAGCGUACAGACGAGCAUGACUGAAGAGGAGAAGCCCGAUAUUGAAGACGUCCGGACGUUGAUGGCGGUCUUGCGAGCUUCCCGAAUUGACCGCGAGAAGAUCGAGGCCGUCGAAAACUACCUAUCCCAUGCCAGAGACAACCUCGAGCACUUGCAGGACGAGAUGCACGACAUCAUGGGCAUCUUUGUGUUUCAGGCCUCGAGGAGGCUUCUACUGAGUCGCUUGACGCAGAUUUAUGACGACGCAGUCGCCACAGAUGAACAGCAGGGGGGAUUGGACAAGGCAAAGGAGAGAAAGGAACACCUUGCCGCUGCGAUUAAGCAUGCUGACGAGGAGGUAAAAAGAUUGUCAUAUUGGAGCGAUGUUAAGGGUCUGGCAGAGAACGGCGAGGCUAAGCACGCUGUGGCAGAAGACGAAGGAUGGAACGAGGGCUGGCAGGGCGUUGACCAGAGUGGCCCAGCCCACGCCCACUUUGGCGCCCUACCUGGGUCGCCCAAAAAGUAAUAGUGAUGAGGGGAGACUUAUUUUCUUGUAUACCCGGCUUCAUAUAUACAGUUUUGUUAGUCGUUGUUAUCCUGGGACAAGGAGCUGCUUACCUCUUGAGUGUAAAGCGAUGCAACUGACUCGGCACUUCAUUAACCUAGGUAGUUGAUACCUUAGGUACUAGUGCAGGUAGACAACCUAUU